AGUUCGAAACUUUAGAAGGUGUUUGUGUAAUUUUUGAAACCCAUGGGUUUGGUGAAAACUUCCAGGGAACUCAUACAUCCCAAUUGAGGAAGAGGCUUUCAAAUUGCUUCUGGGCCGUACCUGAGAGUAACCACGUCGAGAGUCUAUAAACCAAAGCAUCAUCACCCAAAUGUUCUUCGCCCUUUGUCCCAAAGAAACAAAGCCCCUCGACUUUUUGUAAGUUUGAUGUUCAACCCUUUGUUUUCGGUUUUCUUAUUGCCUCAGAUUGGAGUAAUUUCUUUGCUUUGAUUUGUAGCUAUGAAGACUGAAGAGGUUUUUCUGGCAGAAAAUUUCCUACCACCAUGGAUAGCAGCAGUGAGCCAGUGACCGUCAGUGGUGAAAAUGAAAUUGUUCAUCAUCAACCUCUAAAAUGAUUCAACUCCGCAAUUUGAAGACCUUCAGAUUGGUUCACUCAAUAUUUUCUUGUACAUUUGCUUCCAAAACAAACAGACUGUUGGUCGGAGAUCCAAAACCCUCACAUUUUUCUCUUCAGAGUCAGUUGCUUUGCAGACACAUCACCUCAGAAAUCUCAGAAAACCAACACAAUUUAACAGUCACUUACCUCAUAAACACUUGUGGAUUGUCCCCAGAAGGAGCGGUUUUAACUUCUAAGUGGGUCGAGUUGCAGUCACCAGAAAGAGCAGACUCCGUUUUAGAGCUUCUGAGAAACUAUGGAGCAUCUCAAACCCAGAUAUCAAAGCUUAUUAGGUCACAUCCAAAACUUCUUUCAACUGAUCCUGAGAAAACCCUUUUGCCAAAGCUUGAGUUUUUCAGCUCUCUUGAAAUUUCAAAAGUGGACCUAUUAAAAACUCUGGCUUUUAAUCCAAAACUUUUGGCAGUCAGCUUGAGAAAUCGGAUUUUGCCCACUUAUAACUUCCUCAGGAGUAUACUCUCUGAGAAAAAUGUUGGUGUUAUUUUCAAGCACAACUCAUGGAUUUUCUUGGAAGGUCACUGCAAGCAUGUGGUGCCAAAUAUUGGGCUUUUGAGAGAAUCGGGCAUGUCUCAACCAUGCAUUUCUUUUUUGCUAACUCGUGGUACUCGCGUUUUGAUGGUAAAUCCUGAAAAAUUUGGUCAACUUGUGAGUGAGGUUAAGGAAAUGGGAUUUAAUCUGGAAAAAUCAACUUCAGUGAAUGCCCUGUGUGCAUUGUGUGGUAAGAAUAAGUUGGUAUUGAAUAGAAGUCGCGAACUUCUUAAGACAUGGGGUUGGUCUGAGGAUGAUUUUCCCUCCGCUUUCAGGAAGAACCCACAGUGUAUGGUUGUCUCAGAGAAGAAACUUAUGCAAGCAAUGGAUCUUUUAGUGAACAAGAUGGGAUGGUCGUCAGGAAUGAUUGCCAAAUAUCCUGUGGCCCUCGGUCUCAGUUUGGAGAGGAGACUUAUCCCAAGAUGCUCUGUUGUUAAAGUUCUGUUGUUGAAAGGUUUCAUAAAUGAGAACUUGAAUCUGGGUUCUCUGCUGAAACCUACAGAGAAGCAGUUCCUGGAGAUUUUUGUGAACAGAUAUCUUGGCCAAGUACCUGAAUUGUUAAGCGUGUAUCAAGGGAAGGUAGAUAUCCAGGAUGUCUGAUCUGAUAUGUUGAAAUGGGUGAGGAUGUAAUUAUUUUAGCCACCUGAUGCUGCGUCACUCGUAUGCAUUAGCUUGCUUUUGGCACAAUACUAUAAUGCUGUCCUCUACCCUAGAAAUUGUCUCUUUAAAGUAAGGUUUAAAUUGUAUCCCACAUCUUACUAAAAUUUUGCAGGAAUUAAAUUCAGUUUUUCGUUCUUCUACUCGGCAGCCUACCUGUUUUUAAUUAGAUUUAUAUAUGCUUUCUUAGUAGAACAAAUGCUUGCUGUAGCGUCGCCCGAAUUGUUCUGUUUAUGGUUCCCGACUUUGGUUACCCUUGAAAGUUGAUUUUGUACAA